CAUUACCCAUAAGCCGGUGCGCACGCAGAGGACAACCCGGAAGUUUGUGAGGUGGUGGUGGUGGAAAAAAGUUCUCAUAGUUGUUUUCGUGCCAGUGUAAAUAGCCACAUUUCUCCACUCUCCAGCGAUUGUGUUGAAGCCGUUUGAAGACAUCAAAGGGACCAGUAGCUCUUAAGAAUGGGGAGUGAGCCAGGCCCAGUUCAGAUCGUCACAGUGUGUAAGGAGGAUCACUCCUUUGCUUUGGACACGGAGGCGUUGGGUCGGAUUCUGUUGGCUCCUGAGGUCCGAGACAAACAUGUGGUCGUGCUGUCAGUGGCCGGAGCCUUCAGGAAGGGCAAGAGCUUCCUGCUGGAUUUCAUGCUCCGCUACAUGUACAGAAAGGGUGAUAUAAACUGGCUGGGCCAGGAUGAAGAGCCGCUGACUGGAUUUUCUUGGAGAGGGGGUUCAGAACCAGAGACGACAGGCAUCCAGCUGUGGAGCGAAGUUUUCCCCGUCCAAAAGAGCGACGGAACAGAGGUGGCAGUAGUGUUGAUGGACACUCAGGGAGCCUUUGAUUAUCAGUCCACUGUUAAGGACUGUGCCACCAUCUUUGCCCUCAGCACCAUGACCAGCUCAAUACAGAUCUACAAUCUGUCUCAGAACAUACAAGAGGACGAUCUGCAGCAGCUACAGCUGUUCACAGAGUACGGUCGUCUCGCCAUGGAUGAGAUCUUUCAGAAGCCAUUUCAGUCUCUGAUGUUCCUGGUCAGGGACUGGAGCUUUCCCUAUGAAUACCAGUACGGAUUUAAAGGAGGCAAUGAGUUCCUGGAUAAACGCUUACAGGUUAACGAGUCCCAGCACGAGGAGCUGCAAACAGUGAGGGAUCACAUUCAUUCAUGCUUCACCAAAAUUUCCUGCUUCCUGUUGCCUCACCCUGGGUUGAAGGUUGCCACCCACCCUUCUUUUGAUGGACAACUAAAAGAUGUGGCCCCAGAGUUCAGAGAGCAGCUGGAGAGCCUGAUACCUAAACUGCUGCACCCGGAUCGUCUGGCCGAGAAAGAAAUAAAUGGAAACAAAGUCACUUGCCGGGGCCUGCUUGAGUUUUUCAAGGCUUACAUCAAGAUUUACCAAGGUGAAGACUUGCCACAACCAAAGACGAUGCUCAUGGCUACAGCAGAGGCCAACAACCUGGCAGCUGUGGCAGCAGCCAAAGAUCAGUAUUAUAAGAACAUGGAGAAGGUGUGUGGUGGAGACCUGCCCUAUGUGGCUCCUGAGUCUCUGGAGGAAAAGCAUCACUUCAACGUCCGAGAGGCUCUUCACGCCUUCUCCUCGACCAAGAAGAUGGGCGGACAAGAGUUCUGUGACCGUUACCAAGAUCAGCUGGAGAAGGAGCUGGAGGAUAUGUGGCAGUCAUUUGCCAAACACAAUGAGUCCAAAAAUCUCUUCAGCGCCUUCCGGACACCUGCAGUGCUGUUUGUCCUCGUGUGCUUCCUCUACGUGCUGUCAGGUGUGUUGCUCUUCAUCGGCCUGUCAACCUUCGCCGUGGUGUGUGACUGUACUAUGGGUGUGGUCAUGAUGUCCAUGCUGACGUGGGCCUUCAUCCGCUACUCUGGUCGGUACCGGACUGUGGGAGUAACCAUCGACCAGGCUGCAGGAGUCGUCCUGGAGCAGGCCACCGUGGCGUUGAAUAAGACGAGAGGUGCGAGCGCUGUUGACCAGAAGAAAUCCAGUUAGAGGACCUCUGGACCCUCAUAAUCUCGAUGCAGUGCAACCAGCACACAACACAAGCACACAUUCAGCACUAAAGCCUUAUCAUGCCACCCACUGGAAUAAACAUGCAGCUAAACACACUGGCAAAAAGUCAAAAUACGAUGCCAACACACCAGCAUCUUUAUUAUGCACGUUAUUCUGCCUGCUAAAGUCCAGGCUCAUAUAAAGGUGACUGGAGUGAAACCAUCCCACUCCCUCUUACGGAUACAUUGUGUCUUAAAUUGACACUGCCUUCAUUUUACAAGUUUACAAUUGGUCUGAAUAGACAAAUCGAUGUUUACUUUAAAACUUCUAAAACACUUAAAUGUUCUAGUACAGCUGAGAGCGUCUCACUCUGCUGUACGUUGUUCGGACAGGGGUAGUCAGGGUGCUUUUGAAACAGCUUCUGCAGUAUAUCUUUAAAUAAUUACCUUUUUGAAAAAGCUGGCUUUAAAGCUCAUACAUGUAUACAUCUUUGUGGCUAUAUUUUUUUUUUACUUUGUGGCCUUAAAAACAUUCCAUUCUGUUUGUCUACUUGCUUGAUAUUUGAUAUAAAGUAGCUUUUCUAGACUGGUGAGCUGUCACUAAACAGGAUACGCACUUUCUACACAGCACAGUAGUUUUACGUAGCCGCGCUUAACGAGAAUGUAAUUUUGUUUCAAGUGCUUUGCAGUUUCUUCCUUGAUGGAAAUGUGUUACACUUUGUAGAUUUUGAUACUGCACACAAGACUCUUCCAAUGAAAAUAUAUAUAUAGGAACUCAUGUUGUGCAAAACUUUCCAACUCCAAAGAUAAAAUGAAUACUCAAAGGUGUUAAAUAUCCAAUAUAACCAAACAAGCCAAUAGUCAGCCAAAGAGUUAGCUUUAAAUAUUUGAAAUAUACUUUGACCUUUGUACUAUUAUCAUUUCAAACCUCAGUAAUAUAUGCUGAAGAACUUUACUCCUUCAAAAAUGUACAAAUUGGUGUCUAUAAUUACUUUAUUCAGACAAAAACUGUUAAAUAUACGUGAAAACAAUAACAAGCAAGAUGUUUAAAAAGACUAGAAAAGCACGCAGGUUUGUACUGCUUAUUAAUUGUGUUUUCAACGAUUGCAGCACUUGAAGAGAUUCUGAUCAAAUGCGAUGGCUGUCGAAAACUCGACAAAAAAAAAAAAAGUGAGUUUACAGGUCUUCCAGAGUACGACUGCAAAUGUGAAGAAAGUAGUAGAAAGUCUGUAGUUGCUCCGGAGGAAGCUGCAUGGAAACUGAUAGAUUACCUUGAUUAAGGUCACUCAGUGGCUGAGUUGCAUUGUGGGUAAUGUAGACAUCAGGUUUUGAAAAGCACUCCACUGGUCUUACAUUUAAGUGUUACUGUUGGACUCGUUGUGGACAGUUGAUGGAAAUCAAGACAACAUAAACCAGAAAUAUCACCUUUUUUAUUCCACUCAUUCGCCUUUCUUUUAAAAACAUGGUACCUACAUUACCCACAAUGCAACAACAUCACUGGACACAGUUAAUCAUAUUACAUGCAGUAAUAUUUCUGGAGCUUUGUACUACUUUCUUCACACAUGCAGUAGUACUUCACAAGACUGUAAACACACUUGAAUGUGUAAAAUUUGUGGAGUUACCCUUUAAUAUGCAGUCAUGUUAUUAUGUUUGCACCUCAGAAAUGAUGUAAUACCUUUAGGGACCACUUGUAGCCUGUGUUAUCAGCUCCACUGGGUGAAAACACCGUGACACUUCACUGUGAUGCAGUUUAUAGAGUUAACAUGGUGACGCGGCUGCAGCCAAACGCAAUAUUUUAACUAUUUCACAGUUAAGCAUUCGCAUAAGAAAUCUUAAUCCGUGUAACAUUAUUUUUGAAACUUUGUACUUUUUGGUAAAAUAAUCCCUAUACAUGGCUAUCAGUCCGGCUUGAAACUAUUGCAUGUUUGGAUCAGAGCUUUGCUUAAAAUGACUUCAUGUAACAGUUGCAUAACAUCCUGCACAUUGAAGCCAGAUUACAUUAAAGGAAAGAGUUCUGGCUGACUUGGUACUUACAUCUUCAUUUACUUUCAGUCAUUUAACCAAACAGCUGUGUCUUUGAAAAUUAAGUCAUAGAGGAAUAAAAAAAGGUGUACUGCUCAGUGGAUUUAUUAGGUUUUAGUUCCCCUCUGUUGGGCCACACAGGGCUUCUCAGGCCAGCGCAGAAUGAACCAGGCAUUGGAUUAAAGGACUGAUUAUUUGCAACCAUGCCCUACAUCUCUGAAUAUGAUCAAACGCAGAUUCUUUUGGGAAACAUUGGGAUUGGAGAGGAAGGAGCGGUGGAAAGCAUAUAGUGUCGUAAAAUAGGACUCAAUGUCACAAGACUGUGUGACCUGAGAGGACAUGUAGGAUCCAGUAGACUGUGUUGAUUUUUGCAAUGUGCACCACCAAUAAACCAGGUAAAUGAAUGUAGAUUGGAGACACUAAAAGCUGAUCGACAGUGCUUUAAUUCCACAGUGAUUCCACCAAACUGUAGGUGUAAGUCAUCAGAUCACAGGGCCAAAAAAAAGAAAUGUGGAAGUAUGGAGCAUGAGAGACUCGAUCCAUGAUGUUUGACCAUCUUUUUGCACAUUCCAUGUCUGUCUCUUUCCACGAGGAGGAGGAAAGAGGAGGAAACUCUGAGAUGUUUGAAAAGCUCUUUUGCACUUCCCCUCCUCUUUGGUGCUUUUUGCACACAGCUCAUUCCAAAAGUGAAUACAUGCAUGCAAUAUUGUAGUAACAGCUGAUGUAAUCAUCUCCUGCAGGGCUAUGGUGGUCUUGGCUCGAGAAAUGCUGUUUUGUAAAGAAUAAACAGAGCUUGAAACUGUU